CCCCGUCCUGCAGGAGCACCCCCCACACACCGGGACACAUCAAUGGUGGAGGCCGUGGUGGAGUUCGACUAUGAGGCUCAGCAGGACGACGAGUUGGGCCUGACGGUCGGUGACAUCAUCGUGAACAUCCGGCGGGACGAUGGCGGAUGGUGGGAGGGAGAGCUGGGCGGACGCAGGGGGCUGUUCCCGGACAACUUUGUCAGGGAGAUAAAGAAAGAGGGGAAGAGGGAUGGAGGACAGGCGAGCAUGAUCAGGUCCGACCUGGCGAACGGCCGGGCCAGCCCCGUGUCGGACCCCGGCGUGCGGCCGGGCAGGAAAGGGGAACAAAUCCGUAAGCGGAGGUGUAAAGCUGCGUUCAGCUACGUCCCUCAGCACGAGGACGAGCUGGAGUUGAAAAUCGGAGACGUCAUUGACAUCAUAACAGAGGUGGAGGAGGGCUGGUGGGAGGGGCAUCUUCGCGGCAAGACUGGGAUGUUUCCCUCCAAUUUCACCAGAGUGGUCCAGGCGGAGUCCGACACAGACACGCCCACCUCGCAGGAGGAUCUCCGCAGUAGUCGCUCGAGUAAAGACAGUCCAGGCAGUGAAAGUGACGGAGGAGACAGUCGGUCGGAAACAGGGUCGGGAGAAAUCGUGCCAAAGAAGGUCCGAGGGUUUGGAUUCGGUGACAUCUUCAAAGACCAGCCCAUCAAGCUCCGACCUCGCUCCAUGGACAUCGACUCGGAGGGCGACAAGGUCAACGAGGGGAAAGCAGCGAGUGUCGGACCUGAAACCAUGAAGACAGAACCUGACAACAAGACUAAAGGGCGGGAGCAGUGUAAAGUUCUCUUCCCGUACGAAGGCCAAAACGAAGACGAGCUGUCGAUCAAAGAGGGAGAGAUCGUCAACAUCAUCACCAAGGAGUGUGCGGACGCCGGCUGGUGGAUGGGGGAGAUCGGGGGGAGGCAGGGCGUCUUCCCGGACAACUUUGUGAAGCUGCUCGAGCCGGAGAAGGAGAGACCCAGGAAGCCGCCGCCCCCCAGCGCACCUUCAGCCAAAAACACCACAGAGAAAAAGCCGGAGGUCAGGAAGGUUCCUCCUGAGCGUCCGGAGCAUCUGCCGCAGAGAGACCAGGAGCGAGGUGAAGAGGUGAAGGUCGGAGACAUCCCCAAGCCCUCCCUCCCAUCCCACCUUCCCAAGAAACCCCUCCCCCCAAGGACAAGCUCCUCCUCUUCCUCCCUACCCCCGCGGCGUCCUGAGCGACCCCCUCCUGUAGCGUGUGAAAGCCCCAAGUCAGAGGGCGGGGCUUCGCCACCAGAUUCUGCCCCUGACAGGUCACAUGACACCGAUGUGGACCUGGACGCCGUGCUUCCAUCUGCGGAGAAGCUGAGUCAUCCCACGGUGACGAGACCGAGAGUGACCGACCGCCGGCCGCGCUCGCAGAUCUUCUCUUCUUCUCUGUCCAGUAUCGACCUGGACCCCCCCGCAGCGGAGGACAGGAAGGAGAGAGAGAGAGGGAAGGACGAGCCGGAGCCUGUUCCUGUUCCUGUUCCUGUCCGAUCUCUGGACGUCAUCCUGAGAAAAGGAAUUCCACCCAUUCCUACCCCUGAAGGUAAAGCACCGCUGCCCACCAAGCCCUCCGUCCUGAGCCCCCCGCCCACCGCCCUGCGCCCCAUCUCCCCGUCUUCCUCCUCGGGACUAAGCCCCUCCCCCGAGCUGCGGCACUCGCCCCUGACCCCCCCGACGGUGGAGGAGCUCAGGAACCAGCUGAGAGACCUGAGGACCUCCGUAGAACUGCUGAAGAGCCAGCACAGGCAAGAGAUGAAGCAGUUGUCCAGUGCGCUGGACGAGGAGAAGAAGAUUCGUCUCAGUUUACAGAUGGAAGUAGAGCACAUAAAGAAGAACCUGAUGAAAUAACGACCGAAGCUUCCCUCCGAUCCGAUCACCACGGCGGAGGCCUCGUGUUUUCAAAAGAUUCUUUCACUGUUGGUUCGAGACACUUUGGCCGAGAAAACGUUUUUGUGCCAAACGAUCACCACGAUCACCAUCAGCAGCCAAUCAGCACCAUGGAAUCAGCCGCCUCCCUCCUCCACACGCCUUAUCCUGCGUUUACGUCUUUUAUUUUUAUUUUUCCAUAUAAAGGCUUCUCUGUCUGGUUUACCGUUAUCCGCGUCAGAGCUCGCCGUGCCACCGGUACUGACACCGUGCGUUGCCACGGUAACGGUUGAUGCAACGGAGCUGCGGUUGUCGUGGCAACCUCGCCGGUACUUUUUGUUUUCUGCGAGCGAAGGGAAAGUCGGGACUGGACCCCCGGAGCCCGGAGGUGCAGACGACCCCCGAGCCGACCUGUCUCCACUCUGUGGCCUUUGCCUCGUGUGUGUGUGUGUGUCUGUUUGUGUGUCUCUUUUGUUUUCCAACCCGUGUGAAGACAGAGGCGUUAGACCUGCUCGGUGACGUCAUGUGACCUCUUCUGCCUGGAUAACGUUUUCUGAUUUCAGGGUAAAUCCCAAAUUGAAGCACAUGGUUUAGCAUCAGUAUUAAACACAAACACUUUGUGCACACUGUGUGUUUGAUGCUUCUGUUGUACACUGCAGGCAGGUCACUGUGAAGCAUCGCACAACCACAACACAGGCGUUCCUUCUCUUCCCCUUUAGUGUCAUAAUACACAUUGAGUUUAAAAACUACAAGCAUGAAUCAAAUAAGUACAAGACAAGUGCUGACACUGUAGGUGCUAUUUAAAUGAGUAGUUUGUAAUUCUGGGGUAAAAAACGUUUGUACUUUCUCGAAGCACAGUGAGAUAAGAACUGAUUCCACUUUAAUGUCUGGAAAAUGAAGGAAACAGCUUGAUUCUGUCCAAACGAGACAACAGCCGAAUACGUCUCCUCCAAAACUCAACUGGUUCAACUGAGGAUGAAAAUGUUCGUUUGAGAUUUUACUGUGAAGCCAACUUUUCCCAAGACUUAGUUCUUCGGACGACUUUCGGGAAUUGAGAUAAUAAAACAAAACAAAUUAACUUCCCAAAAAAAACAAGACGCUUCCAUUCACAGAAUCUUGUCCGUCAGCCUCAGAUUCUGUAAACUCCCGUGAACGGAAUCUGUUUAUAGAGAUUACAAGAAAUUGUCCUGUGCAUUUCACUGUGUAAAUCCUCCAACUCUUACUUUUAUACUUAAAAAUAUACUUUAUAUGUACUUUUUACGAAUAAAAGAAAAGCAGAGAACAAGGUUUUAUUACCUGACUGAACCAGGCUUCAAAUUUAGAUUCAAGAAAAGCACAUGUUGUUCAACACCAACAUGCUGAUCUAUGUUGUUCAACUCAAGAGUAUCACCUGGACCAAAACCAUUAUUAUGAAUCCUUUCUUCUUUGUUUUGCUUUUGCACUUUUUUCUAUUAUAAAAAACAUCUGAGCCGAUCACAUCUCGUCCCACAACUCAGACCUGGAGCCACCGGAUGUUCAACAGCAGCUGGAGAUUAAAGUUAAGAACAGUGUUUCAGGAAAUGUGGUGAAAAGUCCUCACAGGUCAAAGAAGAUGGACACGUGUGUGAGUGUGUGUGUGUGUGUGGUAACGUGUGUGUGUGUGCGACUGUUUGCCUCCCGUUCAUAUAUGUACGUGCACAGAGUCUAUGGCAACCCGUCACUGUGGCCUUCCUGCUUAACUCCAAAUCUUUCUUUCUUUCUUUCUUUCUCUUUCUUUCUCUUUCUUUCUUUCUGUCGUACGACAACGAGAAAACUGCUACAACCGAGGCUACAAGUUGUUUUCUUGACUUGGUCCUGUUUCUCCAAGAUAGUGAUAAAUAUAUAUACUUUUAUAUUUCAGUGUAAUAAAGAUGCUAUUAUGUACUGUA